AUGGUGAGAUUGCGAAAUCGCCGUGCACGAGCGUGGAAAACAAAAUACGCUGAAAAUGAGCUUCGAAACGAGUCGGAAGACGAGGGAGUGAGGUUCGAAGGUUCUCGAGAACGAAAUGCCGUUGCCUGGGCGAGCCUAAGCGUAAGACAAAAACACGACUCUGUGCCACACAUCGCCCCUUCGCCUCUUGCGGUCCCGCUCUCAUACGAGGGCGUUCAAGCCAUGAUACGCCCAGACAUUAGUGAUGGACCACCAACAAACGAAACACCGGCCAAUGAAACAACAACGAUCGCUUACAAGGACCAAAGCCUGGCUGACGGUGGGGAUACGUUUUACGCGUCGUGGAAGCCCUAG